UUAAUUACAGUUAUAAACCGCCUCUGCAUAUAUCUGGUUGUGCAACAUCCUUCAAAAAUUUAAUACUUACUGACGAUUAAAUCAACAACCGUAAAAUGCACAAAUUUUUAAUUUUAUGCGCUGCCGUCGUGCAGCUGUACAGAUAUGUCGCAGCCGGUCAAAACGUUUUAACCGGUUCGGCAGCAUUCGGCGACUACCGUAACGAUGCACCCGGUGUGCGGCGCAAGAUCACCCCGGCUGACCUCCCACCACCGGCACCGUCCGACGAAUUCAACCAGACUCGGAUUGUUGCUCGUCCUGCUAAUGAACUCCCAAAAGUCCCUGCAAACUUUGCCGUGGAACUGCUCAUCACCGAUUUACGGCAACCGCGGCUCCUGCGUACCGCACCCAACGGCGACGUCUUUGUGUCGGAGGGCGUAGCCAACCAGAUCAGCAUCUUGCGACGGAACGACAGUGGGCACGUCGACCGGUUUAUUUAUGCUACCCGCGAGCAGGGACUGGAUCAACCGUUUGGUAUCGCUUUCCAUCCUCAUGGCGAUAAUCCGACGCAUGUGUAUAUCGCCAAUACUGGGAGUAUUGUGCGGUUUAGUUAUAAAAACGGCGAUACCGUGGCGCAGGCAGCAGCUGAGGUGGUGACCGACCAGAUUCCGAAAGAAGGUCAUUGGACCAGGGAUAUUAUUUUUUCCCCGGAUGGGCAGAGUAUGUUUGUUGCGGUUGGUUCGUUCAGCAAUGUUCAAGCCAAUCCUACUGACAACGAAGUCGAUCGGGCGAUGAUUUUGAAGUUUAACCUUGAUGGAACCGGAAAAACCCAAUUUGCAACAGGCAUUCGAAAUCCGGUCACCAUUGCCAGUCACCCAGAUACCGGCGUUCUAUGGACAUCAGUGAACGAGAGAGACGGCCUAGGCGAUAACAUUGUCCCGGAUUACAUUACCCGUGUAAACGCUAAUCAGUUCUACGGUUGGCCGUGGUACUAUAUCGGCAACAACACCGAUCCGCGUCACGCCGGCAAAGUCCCCGAAAAUGUGCCCAGUGUAUCCAUUCCGGAGGUGUUGAUCCAAGCGCACAGUGCCUCCUUGCAGAUGGCGUUUUAUACCGGCAAUCAUUUCCCGGCGGAAUACAAGAACGACGUCUUUGCUGCCCAACACGGCUCCUGGAACCGGCUGAACCGGACGGGAUACAAGGUCAUUCGGGUGCUGGAAGAGAACGGUGCGCCCAGUGGCGUCUACGAAGAUUUCAUGACCGGCUUUGUGUCGGCGUCCGGUGAGGUGUAUGGUACGCCGGUAGGCGUGGCUGUCGCUAAGGAUGGAUCGUUGUGGGUGUCGGACGAUGGAUCAAAUUCAGUGUGGAGAGUGUGGUACACUGAUUCGGGAGCCGAAAUGCACAUAAGCAGCUUGUUUUUAAUGGUGUUUGCAUUCGCUCUUGCACUCUUUGUGCGCAUGUAAUUCACACAAAUAAACGCCGAAACUAAACCAUGCGAUUGUUUUGAAUAUGACCUGAUUAAAUAAAACCUACAUAUAUCCAUAUUUAAUUUAUUUACCCCCUGCGAA